CUCUCUCUCUCUCUCUCUAGACUCCAGACGCCAUGACUACCACUGGAACUUCGUCUCGCAAGGCUUUGAGCAAGAUCGCAACCAGUCGGCUGCAGAAGGAGCUGAGGGAAUGGCAGUCGAAUCCCCUCACCGGAUUUAAACACAAAGUCACUGAUAAUCUCCAAAGAUGGGAAAUUGAAGUCGCCGGAGCACCAGGGACUUUGUAUGCUAACGAGACAUAUAAGCUUCAGGUUGAUUUCCCAGAAAAUUACCCUAUGGAGGCUCCUCAGGUUAUUUUUCUCCAUCCGGCUCCGCUUCAUCCUCACAUUUAUAGCAAUGGACAUAUCUGUUUAGAUAUUCUUUAUGACUCUUGGUCCCCAGCAAUGACUGUCAGUUCCAUCUGUAUUAGCAUUCUCUCCAUGUUAUCAAGCUCAACUGAAAAGAAACGCCCAGAAGACAAUGAUCGUUACGUGAAGAACAACAGCAAGAGGUCACCCAAGGAGACGAGGUGGUGGUUCCAUGAUGACAAAGUCUAAGGAACCCCAAGAGAUUGAUACCCUCCCCUUUUUCCCUAUAUAUCCACCACCCGCCCGCCCGCCCACCCACCCACCCACCCCCCGAACAGAAGCAAUUCGACAAACAUUCUCCUCCCCCAGAAGCUGCCGUAAGGUGGAUUGUAUUGGUUGUACUCUUUGUAUAGUGUUAUACUGACUGGUUUUAAUCUUAUCCAUCUCCCCCCAUUUUCAUUCAUUCUCAUAUCUGUUAUGUACUUCUUUCCGUGAGUUUAUGACAUUCUUUAGUUCCAAGUAAUCAAUCACAAAUCCAGUACCUGUUUGGGAACUAGGAAAGUUA